AGAAACUCAAAAAAAGGUACGAAGACCUCCUUCACAUUUCUCUCUUCAAUCUUUUGAUUAUUAGCUCCUCCUGAAUCGUAAAGAUCCCGACUUUAUCCCCAAAUCUCUCCUCAAUUUAGCUGAAACUGGAACUUCGAUUCUAGGGUUUUGUUCAACCCUUCGCUGAUUUACUGGGUUUGAUGGCGAGGCAAAGGCCGAAGCAGCUGGAGCCAAACAAGAUUGGUUCUUCCAAGGUGGGUUUUGAUGGAGGAGAAGAAGAAGAAGGUUGGGUUUUUGUUAAGAAGCAGAGAGUCAUCAUUGUCUUGCCUUCUCUUCCUCUACCUGAGCCUUUCUCCGUGGAGAAGCCUCCUGCAACUUCUUCUCAAUCACAAGCUGAGCGUAGAGACUCUGUUGAUGUUGCUGAUACUCGAGAAGCUGCUCGUGUGGUGGUGGUGCCUUCUCUUUCUCUACCUGAGGAAUUUGUUUUGAAGAAGCCUGAGACUUGUCAGUCACUAGUUGAGUUGAGAGACAUUAUUGCUGCGGAUAUACAUGAGACUACUCGUCUUCACGCAGUGGUGGUGCCUUCUCUUCCUUUACCUGAGCCUUUCGUUUUGCAGAAGCCUGAGACUUCUCAGAUACAAGCUGAGUUAAGAGAUGGUAUUGUGAAUAUGGAAAAAGCUACUCCUCUUCACUCAAUGGUGCCUUAUGUUCCUUUGCAGAAACCUGAAACUUCUCAAACGCAAGCUGAGUUUAGAGCAGAUAAGCAUGAAGCUUCUCUUGUUCACACUGUGGUGCCUUCUCUUCCGGUAACUGAGCAUAUCACUUUGCAGAAGCCUGCAACUUCCCAUUCACAAGCUGAUUUAAGAGGGCGCAAAGCUGCUCUUGUUCAGCCAGUGGUGCCUUCUCUUCCGAUAACUGAACACAUCCCUUUGCAGAAACCUGCAACUUCGAAAUCACAAGCUGAGUUGAGAGCCGAGGAGACGCGCAAAGCUACUCUUGCUCACACUGUAGUGUCUUCUCGUUCGGUAAAUGAACAUAUCAGUUUGCAGAAACCUGCAACUUCGAAAUCACAAGCUGAGUUGAGAGCCGAGGAGACGCUCAAAACUACUCUUGCUCACAAUGUGGUGCCUUCUGCUCUGGUAAAUGAACGUAUCACUUUGCAGAAACCUGCAACUUCGAAAUCACAGGCUGAGUUAAGAUCUGAGGAGACGCGCAAAGCUACUCUUGCUAACACUAUAAUGUCUUCUCUUCCAGUAUCUGAGCAUCCCACUUUGCAGAAGCCUGUAACUUCCCAGUCACAAGCUGAGCUAAGAGCCAAGGAGACGCGCAAAGCUACCCCUGCUAGCACUGUGGGGCCUAAACUUCCAGUAACAGAGCAUCGCACUUUACAGAAGCCUGUAACUUCUCAGUCACAAGCUGAGCUAAGAGCCAAGGAGACGUUCAAAGCUACUGGUGUUCAAGCAGUGGCGCCUUCUCUUCCUGUGCUUGACUAUUGCACUUUGCAGAAGCCUGCAACUUCUCAAUCACAAGAUGAGUUAAGAGCCAAGACUCGCAAAGCUACUCUUGCUAACACUGUGGUGUCUUCUCUUCCAGUAACUGGGCAUCUCACUUUGCAGAAGCCUGCAACUUCCCAAUCACAAGCUGAGCUAAGAGCCAAGGAGACGCUCAAAGCGCCCAAAGCUACUCAAGCAGUGGUGCCUUCUCUUCCUGUGCUUGACUAUUGCACUUUGCAGAAUCCUGCAAGAGACUUUGUAUCAGAUGCUCAGGAAACAGCUGAGUUUCAAGCUGUAGACAAACCGGAGAGGGUGAUGGAUCGCAGUUACACAACAAGGAAAGCUCCAGGUCCAAGGAGAUCAUCCCAAGAUUGUAGAAUGGAUUCAGAUAGAAGGAUGGCAAACCAAAGGAGCCGUCGUACAGGUCACAACAAGCCUAUAAGGUUUCCUAGAGUGAUGUGCAGCUCUGUGGUUAUGGACAACGAGAAGCUGAGAGUGGUGAAUCUAGAGAAGAAGGUUGAGAAGGCAGGAGGGUUGAACGAAUGGGUAGGAUCUAUAGGAUUGGGGAGAGAGUUUGAGAGGAUGCUGAGAGGACAGAGGAUGAGUAAGUUUCAAAUGGCGAAUUUGACAAUGGAGAAGCUUAAACAGAUGGGUGCUUUAGCCGUUGGACCUAGAAGAAAGCUUAUACAUGCUAUUCGUUGUGUCUAUCACCCGCAUUGUCUUCGUGCUUCCUUUAACUAAGUAUACACAUCUUGUCACAGUUUAGUCUUUCAUUGUCCAAUAAUAAAACGUUGGUAUAAGCUUGUUUGAUUAGUGAUUUUCAAUCUUAA